AGAUAAAAUAUAUAUAAAAAUUUGUUUACUUGAUAAAAGUUCAUUUCCACAUAAAUAUCUAUCUCCUCCUGUCACUUCUUGAAGAACAAAGAAGCUGGAAAUGUCAAUAUUAGCACCAAAUUCUCACAUUCUAUACCGAGAAACCUACAGUCCUAAAGACCAGAACCAACAGCUCUGGAGUGCUGGGAGUUUCUUGAAUACUUCAAAGUCUUUAAGGUUUGGUUUUGAUCAAAGAAAAGACAGUGACUGCAAGAAAAUUGCAAACAGAGAUUGCAGAGCCAAUUCUUUUUUUCCAGACUUGUCAAGGCCUCAGUCUGUAGAAAUGGAGCCCGUUACUGAUUCUGAUCACUUGGACCAAAUCUUGGACAAGGCCACUGAUCAUUGUCAGCCCAUUGUCAUUGACUGGAUGGCUACUUGGUGUAGAAAAUGCAUUUAUAUAAAGCCUAAACUCGAAAAAUUGGCUGCAGAGUUUGAUACUAAAUUAAAAUUCUACUUUGUGGAUGUCAACAAAGUCCCUCAAUCUCUUGUAAAGCGUGGCAACGUUUCAAAAAUGCCAACAAUUCAGAUAUGGAAGGAUGGAGAGAUGAAAGAGGAAGUCAUAGGAGGGCAUAAAGCUUGGCUUGUUCUUGAAGAAGUCCGAGAAAUGAUCAAAAAGUAUGUAUGAUGUUCUUUCUUUCCUCAUCAUCCCCAUCAAAAUAUGUAAUCAAUGUAUAUUUGAAAAGCAAAUAUUCAUAUAUUUGUAUAGCGGCCUCUGCUGGCCUCCUAUAUCGAGUCAAUUCGUUCUUUCUUACCUUCAAAUCCCUAUAAGGCUGUUUUUAGACACAAGAUUACUAUAUAUACAUUUUUUGGUAGUAGGACAGGACAGCUUAAUAUUUUGGUGAACAUAUGGUUAACACUGA